UGGAUGGAUGCCGUCAAAAUGGCCAGUUUUCCUGUCCUACGUCCACGAAGUGCAUCGACAAGUCAUUAGUAUGUAACGGAAACAACGACUGUUAUUUUUCUGAAGAUGAGCGUCCUCCUGCCUGUGGUAAGUCAUCUUUGACGUCUAUUAUGUAUGUGUUGAUAAUGUGUAUGCAGUUCACAUUGUAUUCUCAUACAAAUGUAUGAAGCAUUGAAAAUGAUAUACAUAAAGCUGCAGUCAUGUUUAUUAUAUAAUGAACUGAUAAAAGUAUUUGACCAUUAAAGUCGUUAAUAUUUAAUAAUAAUGCGUGUAUUCUUAUUUUAACGCAUCAUUUUAUUUCACACAUUCGUGAUAUUAACUUAUGCCUUUCUUGUAAAGCCCACCUGAGCAUGAAGUGCUCGAUAGUGAGCUAUAGUGAUUGUUCACCGUUGUCGUCCGCUGGCAUCAAUCUCUUCCCUUUAAAACCAUGGGCAUCCUUUGCAACCAUCAACUACCUUAGCAAUACCAAUUAUUCUUAGUAACCAAUUACAACUUUUACUAUAGCUUGUUUCUCUAUUAACCACCACAUUCCAUAGCAACCAUCAACUACGUCAGCAACAAUAUUUAUUCUUAGUAACCAAUUACAACUUUUACUAUAGCUUGCUUCUCUAUUAACCACCACAUUCCUUAGCAUCCAUCAACUACGUCAGCAACAGUAUUUAUUCUUAGUAACCACUAACAAACAACUUCAAGUAUAGCUUGCUUCUCUAUUAAUCACCACAUUUCUUAGUAACCAAUAACAACUUCAACUAUAGCUUGCUUCUCUAUUAACCACCCCAUUCCCUAGUAACCAAUAACAACUUCAAGUAUAGCUUGCUUCUCUAUUAACCACCCCAUUCCCUAGUAACCAAUAACAACUUCAACUAUAGCUUGCUUCUCUAAUAACCACCACAUUCCUUAGUAAACAAUAACAACUUCAACUAUAGCUUGCUUUUCUUGUAACCACCACAUUCCUUAGUAACCAAUAACAACUUCAACUAUAGCUUGCUUCUCUGUUAACCACCACAUUCCCUAGUAACCAAUAACAACUUCAACUACAUGUAUAGCUUGCUUCUCUAUUAACCACCACAUUCCCUAGAAAACAAUACCAACUUCAACUAUAGCUUGCUUCUCUAUUAUCCACCACAUUCCUUAGUAACCAAUAACAACUUCAACUAUAGCUUGCUUCUCUAUUAACCACCACGUUCCUUAGUAACCAAUAACAACUUCAACUAUAGCUUGCUUCUCUAUUAUCCACCACAUUCCUUAGUAACCAAUAACAACUUCAACUAUAGCUUGCUUCUCUAAUAACCACCACAUUUCCAAGUAACCAAUAACAACUUCAACUAUAGCUUGCUUCUCUAUUAUCCACCACAUUCCUUAGUAACCAAUAACAACUUCAAAUAUAGCUUGCUUCUCUAUUAGCCACCACAUUCCUUAGUAACCAAUAACAACUUCAACUAUACCUUUCUUCUUUACUAACCAUCACAUUCUUUUGCAAUCAUGUUUUUGUAUAUAAAAUUAAUAAUCUUCUGAUUUUAUGCUCCUCCAAUGCCUAUAUAUAUAAAGUCGCGAUGUGUCGUCGUUUUGCAUUGUGUUCAUAUGAAGCAUGGAAAAUGAUAUACAUAAAGCUGCAGUCAUGUUUAUUAUAUAAUGAACUGGUAAAAGUAUUUGACCUUUAAAAUCGUUAAUAUUUAAUAAUAAUGCGUGUUUUCUUUUGUUUGAAGCGUCUGUGAAAAUAAACAUUAAAUGUUUAUGACAAUAUCGUCAGUGUUUCUUGCGCAUAAAAAUAUUUCGCUCCUGAUCUGGUGAAAUAUAAUUACAAAUGUGCAUCUGUUUUCGUAUAAAAUCAAUCAUAUAUACAUAUUGACGAUUUUCUUUUAAUUAUGUGAGCUUAUUCCUGUCAUAUCGCGUAAGCUUACUUCACACAUUUGUAAUAUUCGGUGCUGCCUCUUACUACGUUAUUACAGGCAUGGAUGGAUGCCGUCAAAAUGGCCAGUUUUUCUGUCCUACGGCCCAGAAGUGCAUCGACAAGUCAUUAGUAUGUAACGGAAACAACGACUGUUAUUAUUUUGAAGAUGAGCGUCCUCCUGCCUGUGACAUGGAUGCAUGCCGUCGAAAUGGCCAUUUCUUCUGUAAUGAUUCCCGGCAAUGCAUCCUCAAGUCAUGGGUAUGUGAUGGAUAUGAAGAUUGUAAGCAAGGUGAGGAUGAGGCUCCUCCCGCUUGCGAUACAUAGCACGACAAAUGAUAAACAUAAAGACUUGGAUGUAUGCCGUCAACAGGACAGAUACUUCUGUAAUGAUUCCCGGCGGUGCAUCUCCAAGUCACGGGUAUGUGAUGGAGAUGAAGAUUGUAAGCAAGGUGAGGAUGAGGAUCCUUCCGCUUGCGACUUGGAUGUAUGCCGUCAACAGGACAGAUACUUCUGUAAUGAUUCCCGGCGGUGCAUCUCCAAGUCACGUGUAUGUAACGGACGUAAAAACUGUGAUCAAUAUGAGGAUGAGGAUCCUUCCGCUUGCGCUUUCAAACAUUGUAAAUCGAAUUGGUCCUUCAGCGAAGGCUGCCUGGGUCGAUGUAAAUCUGGUUAUAUCGGCAAGUAUUGCCAAAAUUGUAAAGAAAGAUGUUUGAAUGGGAUAUGUAAUGCCUCAAGUGGAAUUUGCAAUGACUGUUUAUCUGGUUAUUACAGCAAAUUUUGCGAGAAAACAUGUUCAAAAGAAUGUUUGAAUGGGCUAUGUAAUAGAUCAAGUGGUAUUUGUAAGGACUGUACACGAACGUAUUUAGAAAAUUGUUCGCUCGAAUGUGGCAAAGGAUGUCUGGAAAAUGAUGGUUUCCCGCAAUGUGACAGACAAAGUGGCAAAUGCUCGCAUGGCUGUUAUCCUUAUCAAUACGGAAACUAUUGCAACAAAACAUGUAGACACUGCAAAACAAAUUCAUUUAAUGAUUCAUGCGAUAUUAACGGUGUAUGCCUGUUUGGAUGUGAGAAAGGUUACUGGGACAAGAAUUGCAACACUAAAUGCAAUGCCAAAUGCCAAGGUGACGAACAUGGAAACCGGUGUAAUUCAUCCACCGGGGAAUGUAUUAACGGAUGUACUCCUGGGUGGAGUGGUAGAUACUGUUACUGCAAGGUUUCUUUAGGUCUGAGCAGUACCGAUAAAGAGAACGUCAACUCCUUGAAUGCAAUUUUAAUAGUCGUACCAGCUGUUGCCACUGUGGUUGUCAUCGUUGUCGUCGUUGUCGGGAUUAUCUGCUAUCUACGUGCUCGAAAAAGGUUUAACCGCCAGCUAAAUGAACGCAUGGAACCACGCCGAGUACUUCCAGUUCAUAUUCCACCAGCACGACAACCCUCCAGGUCUCGGAGACGGGCCAGCUCUUACGUGUAUGACGAGGUCAACGAAGAAACCAUGGAACAUUAUCAUUAUAUCUGUGAGCAAAACGCUCCAGAUCACUAUGAUAAAAUCAAAGAUCGCAAGCCAUGCAUCUGUCCACAUUGCGUACGCGAGCGAGUUAUUCCGUUUCUGAAUAGGAUAUCUUCAGGAUCGUCGAGUACCACAUUCGUUGAACCUUACGCAGUCGGAGGCGGAAGUAUUAGCAGCCGCAGCUACGUAAGUAAUAGCGAGAUAAACCCAAGACGAAGCGCCCCAAAGUAUGAUCAUGAUGGCGGAAUUGUGCCAACAAAAGAAUUAACGGACGAUAGUAAUUCCAAACAGAGCAUCACUAAAUCUGACGGCAAAAAUGAACUUGACAGUACCGAUGACAGUAAGCCUUGGCGGAGUGUCACACGCUCUGAUGGUGCUCUUGAUCAUGUCGGUAAGACAGAUAAUGCGGACGGAUUUAAUCCCGGCCCUUGCGUUGCAAAAUCCGAUAGUAACAUUGAACUUGUGUGCACGCCCGGUUAUUUGGACCUUGAAGCCCUUUAUCAAAAAGCCAAGGCUGAAGAUCGGCGAAAGCUAGCUGCUAAAUAUUUAGAUUACGGGGAAGAUGUAUUUGGUGAAAUAGGACAAUUUCGAGCUAUUGAACGGGAAGAAUGUGAACUGCCUAAUAAUGAAAUAGAACUGCAAAGUAUGGGACAAAAUAUCGAGUCUUCCCUAUCAAUAAGUGGAUCAGAACUAAUCGAAGAAAGUUGUUGUUCAAAUAAUACAGAUUCCAUUCUUAAACAACAGCCUGACGAGGCAACAAGAACUCAAACAAACACUGAAAGGUCAAAUAGUGAUGAAAUAAAACAAACUGAUUCCGUUUUGUAAAGACGAUGCAUGUUCUUGGUUGGCGAUUUAGUUUUUAAUAUUCUAGAUUUCCCCCGAAAGAUAGUUAUAUGUUAAUAACACUAUUUGUCGGUAUAUUCCGUCCAUCCGACAAACUCAUGCAUCGGCCUUAAUUUAGAUAGUUUUAAUGGGAUUUCAGAUCAGAGGCAGAUCAGUAGAGCGUAAGGCCAAUUAUUCGAGUAACCAGCUCAAAGGUUAAGCAAACACAUUUAGGUCAGUGUUUAACGAUAGGAAAUACAUAACAUUACGACUUGUAUCAAUAGAUUUAAAUUUAAAUGUCACAGAACUGGUUCUUUUUAUCAGGGGGUGGGGACGGCGAAACUUUAUAUACUUUCAAACAUUAAACAUCUUGCAUUAAAUAAAUUAAGGAUAAGAUAAAAAAAAAGAUUUCAUAAUAACGAACCUGGGCCACAAGCGUUAUAAAAAGAACACCACCACCACCUUGCAUAGGAUGUAACAAGUAUCAUUAUGGACUGCAAAAUAGCAUCCAUGUUAGAGCUAUUGAUUAUUUAUAAUACUUUGUUGUUUUAUGUGUUUGGAAAUAUGACGUAUGAAAACUUAAAUAGCAACAUAUUUUUACUAUUUUUUAUCCUUGUAAAUGUAUAGUCGAGUAUUCAUAAGAUCAUGCUUGUUAGAGGUAUUGAUUAUUUAUAUAGGUUUUACUUUGUAGUUUUAAGUAGUUAGAAAUGUGACAAAUGAAUACGUUUUUAUCCUUACCAAUGUAUAAAUUAAUAUUUAAAAAAAAAGGCCUGAUUUUUUUUCGGAUAACAAUGCAUUGUUUAUUUUCUACAACAUAAAAUGUGAACGAUUAUCUUUUAUCUUAAAUGAUCAUUUGAAAUUUCACUCUUAAAAUCUAUAUGAAUUCGUCUCAUAAUGAUAAAUGAAAAUAAAACGGCUAAAGGUGAAUCCGUAAAUUAAAAAUGUUUUGUACCUUUCAGUAAAUAAAUUAAAGUUAAAUAGAUAAAACUUUAUACUUACUUGAUUGCUUGUGUAUAUCUACUACAUUCACUUCCAUUUUUGUAUCAUUCGACUCAUAUCGAAUUACAUGUUUUAUAAUGAUUUUAUCUAUUAUAAGCUGGUCGUAAAUUUACCAGGCAAUUAUAGCAUUGUCAAGUUUUGACUUCAGAUGUUGCAAACACAUGAUAACAAGUACACUAAAACAGCUAAGUAUUUAUUAACAAAAUGUAAAUGUAAAUGUAAGUGUCCUUGUUAGGAAAUGUGUUAAAAUAAUAUUUUUCAAGAUGGAGGAAAUGAUAAAUUAUUUUGUUACACUUUAUCCAAAACUGGAAAUAAAUAGAACACUCUAGUACAGCAUUGCUUUAUAAGACUCUAGUACAACAUUGACUUAUAAGACUCUAGUACAGCAUUGCUUUAUAAGACUCUAGUACAACAUUGACUUAUAAGACUCUAGUACAGCAUUGCUUUAUAAGACUCUAAUAUAGCAUUGAUUUAUAAGACUCUAAUACAGCAUUGAUUUAUAAGAAUCUAAUACAGCAUUGAUUUAUAAGACUCUAAUACAGCAUUGCUUUAUAAGAAUCUAGUACAGCUUUGAUUUAUAAGACACUAAUACAGCAUUGCUUUAUAAGACUCUAGUACAGCAUUAAGUUAUAAGAUCCUAGAACAGCAUUGAUUUAUAAGACUCUAGUACAGCAUUGAUUUAUAAGACUCUAGUACAGCAUUGAUUUAUAAGACUCUAGUACAACAUUGAUUUAUAAGACUCUAGUACAGCAUUUAUUUAUAAGAUCCUAGAACAGCAUUGAUUUAUAAGACUCUAGUACAGCAUUGAUUUAUAAGACUCUAAUACAGCAUUGAUUUAUAAGAAUCUAGUACAGCAUUGAUUUAUAAGACUCUAAUACAGCAUUGAUUUAUAAGACUCUAGUACAGCAUUGAUUUAUAAGACUCUAAUACAGCAUUGCUUUAUAAGACUCUAGUACAGCAUUGCUUUAUAGGACUCUAGUACAGGAUUGAUUUAUAAGAAUCUAAUACAGCAUUGAUUUAUAAGACUCUCGUACAGCAUUGAUUUAUAAGACUCUAGUACAGGAUUGAUUUAUAAGACUCUAGUACAGCAUUGAUUUAUAAGACUCUAGUACAGCAUUGCUUUAUAAGACUCUAGUACAGCAUUGCUUUAUAGGACUCUAGUACAGGAUUGAUUUAUAAGAAUCUAAUACAGCAUUGAUUUAUAAGACUCUAGUACAGCAUUGAUUUAUAAGACUCUAGUACAGGAUUGAUUUAUAAGACUCUAAUACAGCAUUGAUUUAUAAGACUCUAGUACAGCAUUGCUUUAUAAGAAUCUAGUACAGCAUUGAUUUAUAGGACUCUAGUACAGGAUUGAUUUAUAAGAAUCUAGUACAGGAUUGAUUUAUAAGACUCUAAUACAGCAUUGAUUUAUAAGACUCUAGUACAGCAUUGCUUUAUAAGAAUCUAGUACAGCAUUGAUUUAUAAGACUCUAAUACAGCAUUGAUUUAUAGGACUCUAGUACAGCAUUGCUUUAUAAGAAUCUAGUACAGGAUUGAUUUAUAAGACUCUAAUACAGCAUUGAUUUAUAAGACUCUAGUACAGCAUUGCUUUAUAAGAAUCUAGUACAGCAUUGAUUUAUAAGACUCUAAUACAGCAUUGAUUUAUAAGACUCUAGUACAGGAUUGCUUUAUAAGAAUCUAGUACAGCAUUGCUUUAUAAGACUCUAGUACAGCAUUGAUUUAUAAGAUUC